UGCAGUUUUAUCUCUGCCGUAGGUGUCUCUCUCUCUCUGAGUGGUGUGGUGUGUGUGAGAGUGUGUGUAUGUAUAUUUCUGCGGAGCUCCGCAUCAAUUACACUGAAACUGACAUCCCAGCCCCCAGCUCCUGCAGCCCCAGACCUCUCUCCUUUGGGAAUAUGUGUGUGGAGAAAGAGACAUCAGACUGUCCCCUCUCCGGCUCCUCGGACGAGAUCCGGAGCCUGAACGGCGCUCCGUCCUCCUCCUCCGCCGCAGAUACGCCAUUCAGCCCGGCGGAGAAAUUCCGGGCUUUGUACCGCCUGCGCCCGCACAUCGCCGCCGGGGUGCUCAGUUUCGGCUAUGUGGUGAAUUAUAUGGACCGCUUCACAGUGGCAGGUGUACUGGCAGACAUCCAGAGACACUUUGGGGUCAGCGACAGUAAAUCCGGACUGCUGCCUACAGUUUUCAUCUGCAGCUUCAUGGUGGCCACCCCUAUCUUUGGUUUUCUUGGUGACCGCUUCAACAGGAAGUUCAUUCUGAGCUGUGGGAUAUUUUUCUGGUCAGCAGUCACCCUGAUCAGCUCCUUCAUCACUAAGCCGAACUUCUGGCUCUUUCUCAUCUCGAGAGGUCUGGUCGGGUUUGGUGAGGCCACCUACUCCACGAUCGCUCCCACCAUCAUCGCCGACAUGUUCACCAAAGACACCAGAACCUGUAUGCUGUCCUUCUUCUACUUUGCUAUCCCGCUGGGAAGUGGACUUGGCUACGUUCUGGGAUCCUGUGUGACACAGGCGUCUGGAGACUGGCACUGGGCACUGCGGGUGACCCCAGCCAUGGGCUUCGCCGCAGGAACCCUCAUCAUCCUACUGGUCCCCGAGCCAAAGAGAGGGGCUGCAGAGCAGCAGCUGGUGCAACUUCGAGCCAGUACCUCCUGGACCAAAGAUAUGAAGGCCGUGGUGAAAAUCCCGAGCUUUGUGUUCUCCACUCUGGCCUCAGCCUCUGUGUCCUUUGCCACUGGUGUACUGGGCGUGUGGAUCCCACUGUACCUGUUCCGGGCAGAGGUUGUUCAGAAGAACAUUGAGCCGUGCACUGCGGAGCCAUGCAGCGGCAGAGACAGCUUGAUAUUUGGAGCGAUCACUUGUGUGACGGGCUUCCUCGGACUGAUCGUGGGGGUCGCAGCGACCAGGUGGUACCGGACAAAAAGCUCCCGAGCUGACCCGCUGGUCUGUGCGUUUGGAAUGCUGAGCUCGUCCAUAUUCAUCAGCCUCAUCUUUGUCUUUGCCCGGUUCAACAUCGUGGGAGCCUACAUGUGUAUAUUCAUCGGAGAAACCCUCCUGUUUUUGAACUGGGCCAUUACAGCAGACAUCCUAAUGUAUGUGGUUAUUCCAACUCGUCGCUCGACAGCAGUGGCCUUGCAGAGUUUCACCUCUCACUUGCUUGGAGACGCGGGCAGCCCUUAUUUAAUUGGGGUUAUCUCGGAUGUGAUCAGACACAGUAAGCCCGACUUGGAUCUGUGGGAAUUCCUCAGCCUGGGCUAUGCUCUGAUGCUGUGCCCAUUUAUCAUUGUCCUGGGAGGGACCUUCUUCUUGGCUACAGCCCAUUUCAUUGUGCAGGACCGUAACAGAGCACACCAACAGGUGGAAGAGAUGAGGCUGGUUUCUGUGAAAGUCUGAGCAAGAGUUAUGGAUGGAGCGGGUCAAAAUGCCUCACAAAUCGACGACUUUUUGCCUUCAAGUGGCCGUACGGUUUCUCAUCGCCAUGAGACUGGACCUUCCAACCUUUUUGGGGGGGGGGGUGGUGUGAAGUGAGGAAUCUCCCAAGGGAACGGCACAACUUUGAAAAGGCACUCAACUGUAUGGAACCUCUCCGCCAGCCAGACACGACACUCAAUCCCCUUCACCUUGUGGAAAUCCCUGCCUAAGAGCAAAGUCUUAACAAUCCGUGUUGGCUUCUGUGUUUUUUUGUGACUCCCCCCUCCACCAGGUUGUGCGUCAAGGGCUGACCUCAGUAGUUGGAGCCAACAUGCCCAGCUCCAGCCAAACAGAAUGCUCCAAACUCUGAUUUGGCAACGUUGGGGGAUGGGUUUCAUCCACGCCACGGCGCGUGCAGCUUCUGAGACAUUGGAUAUUAUCACUUUUUCGUUUAAUGCCUGUGGUUCGGAAUCAUCACUUGGAUGUGACUAAAGCCUAGUUGGAAUAAUGGGUGAAAUGUCCUCACCUGAGACUACCACAUAUGAAACAGUCAACGGGGAGAUAUUGCCCUUAAAUGAGAGAGACAGCACUUUGAGCUUUUCUAGAGUAGGAUGCUGCUUUCCUGUUAUGUUUUGAGGUGGUAUUAGCAGUAUAUAUAUUAACUAGUGAAUUGAAUUUCACCUUUAAGCUGUAUUGGAUAGUAAUUUCUUUUUGUAUUCAUGCCAGUGAUAUGCACAUUAGCAAAGUAACCACUGGCUUAUGGAUAUGCACUAAAAAUCCCCUGAAAUGAAGAUGCUCAAAGCAAUCCUGAACUCUUUCCUUCUGCACCCACUUUCUAAACUUAAAUCACACUGACGCCAAUGUGAAAAGCUCAAGGACUGGGGGAUGGAAAAGUGAAAUGCAGCACUCGGUCGUGUCAACUCCCUUUGGACACAGCAACAAACUUGCCCCCAUCCUUGUUAUUCCUCAAGAUUUUCCGACAAGGCAUUUCUAGCCAGUCCUCAACCCUCUGCUCUUCAAUUGCAAGUGAAGGAUCCACGACAGAAACUGACCUGUGCAUCUCUCAACAAUUCCCCCUUCAUGUCCGUCACAAAGCCUCUUUGGCCAGGCAACUAUCUAGCAAGUUCCCUGUUUGCAAUCUAUUUCCCCGAGAAAGCCCCCCACCCCCACCCCGUUCUCACACAGCGACUAGUUGGGGUGGAAACCUGGUGGAGCCGGUUCAAUUGAGGCAUUCAAGAGGCCACUGUUUUUACUUUAAAUAAUUGCCCAGGGUGCAGGACAUUGGCAGAAAAUUAUAAUACUUUGAGAGGUGGUGUGGGCAUGAUGGACUGAACAGUUUCCUCCUCAUAGGAUUCCACAGUUCAUUCAGCCCAACAAGUCCACACUGGCCCUCCCACCCAGACCCAUUCCCCCCUUGUAACCCUGCAUUUCCCAUGGUUAAUGCACCUAAUCUACACAGCCUGGACAUUAUAGGCUAUUCAACAUGGCCAAUCCACCUAGCCUGCACACCUUUGACUGUGGGAGGAAACUGGGGCACCCCGAAGGAAACCUGCACAGACACGGGGAGAAUGUACAACUCCACACAGACAGUCGCCCGAGGCUGGAAUCGAACCCAGAUCCCUGGCGCUGUGAGGCAGCAGUGCUAACCACUGAGCCACUGUAUCAGCUGAAGAUGGAAUUGCAUUGGAGUGCCACUUUGCUGCCAUGUGAUUUAGAAUCAACCAAUUAUCUUUGCAAAGCAGCUGCCUUUUUUAAAAAAAAUCUUCCCUGGUUGCCUCUCAUUUCUUCCCUCCAUAAGUGUCUCCUGUGAAACAUUUCCCACCAUCGUCAUGGACUUGAAUGUCUUUUUGAAGACUCCCAGGUAGCUUAGGCAUGUACAGGUGUGCACCACAGGUAAUGUGUCCACCAACUGUAACAUCCAGAAAUGAUUUGCAUGCAGAAGCAGCUCACUAAAAUAACUUACUGGAGAAACUGGCCUCUCUGGAAUGUACCAGUCACAUGAAUCGCUGCUGUUUCUCGUAGACUGGGUGUUAACUGCUAGGCAAAACUUGUACUCUUUCCUAUGUACUUUUACACAUUGACUCACCUCAUGGCAUUACCAUAGCAACAGCAGCCUCUUGGUAAAAAUAAAAAGUGGCAGGUGUGAGAAUCCACCAGGAUAAUUUAUAAAAAUGUCCUGUUGGCAACGUUUAUCCCAGAUCUCCUCAAAACUCUGCCCAGCUUCUUAAUGAGCCAUAACAGCACCUUCUAAACUCAUAAUCUUUAUCAUCUGGAAGGACAAGGGCAGCAGAUACAGGGGAGUUGAAAAGUUCCAAGCCGCUCACCAUCCUGACUUGGAGAUAUAUCGUUGUUCCCUCAGUGCCACUGGGUUAACAUCCUGGAAUCCUUUCCCUUAGGACAUGGUGGGUCAACCUACAGCCCAUGGACUGCAGUGGUUCAAGAAGGCAGCUCACCACCACUUUCUCGAGGGCAACUAGGGACGGGCAAUAAAUGCUGGCCCAGCCAGUGACCCCUACAUCCCAGGAAUGAAUAUAAAAUGAAUCUAACCUCUGAAGCCACUAGGCUGUUACUGUCCUGAGUCUUGUUCAUCAAUGCCAGGAGCUUAAGUUAAAGUCAUCCACCAAAGGCAAUAGCGGCCAAAUUUUGCCCAACAAGGGUCUAGGCCCGAAACAUCAGCUUUCCUGCUCCUACGACACUGCUUGGCCUACUAUGUUCAGCCAGCUCUAUACCUCGUUAUCUCACUUGUUGAAAGCUUAAUUCUCAAAAUAUAUCAGAUAAUUCUAGGGUAUUGAAGUGAGUAGAAUCCAGUCACUUGCUGACAAGGGAGAAGGCACUGGUGAAUCCAUCACUUGCACUCAAAGAGCCAAAAGUGAUUUUGUUUAAUAUGAAUGGAAGGGGUGUGACGUGUAACUUGCAUCGAGUUUUGCCUCGGGCCUUCUAGAGAAUGUGCAACUUUUUAAAAAAGACACAUUAUAUUAUAGGUUAUUGGGAUAAGCAGGUAACUGAAGGUUCUGGAAGCUGAGGAAUACUUGGCAGCUGGGAUAAGUUGAUAGAUUACAGGAUGUGACAGUCAAUCAAUGGUUUCAGAAGCUACUUAAAAACUCACAUCACAAUGGCCUAACAACUGAUAAAAGAUGCAGGAAAAUAUGGAGCAAGUGCCAUUAUUAAAACUGGCGCUGUCCAACACAAACUGACCCACAGAAACUGCCGUGGCCACAGUGUUUCAGCCCCAUGUGGUAGAAAAUGCUGUACACUGAACAAAGAAAAGCAUUUCACAUGUGGAUAUUUGCUUACACCUCAACUCAAAAAAAAACUGACGUUUUCCAAACAAAUAUAAAAAAAGCCAAAGGUUCAUUGGUGGGCUCAGUGCCUGAGAGAUCAUCUAACCAAUAAUUACACUAUAAAAUUGCAUUUAGUGGCUAACGUGAUGGACAACACUGAGCUAAACCAGUCAGACAGCCAGUAUCAUUAAAGGAAAUUUCAGAUUAAAGUCCAAUUUCAAGUUGUGGGCUAUGAUUUCAUACAGUGUGAUGCGAGCGAUUGAAAUUAUUAACAACACGUGGCUUUCCCUCCCACAGUUAUCAUUGCAAUACUCAAGCUUUAAUUAUGGAACUUAACCAGUUUGCAAGUUAAAUGUACUAUCAGAUGCCAAAAAUGGUUUGUUCACUGGAAAUAUAAGUCUUUUCCCUCUCCUUCAAAACUCACAUUUGCUGCUGCCUGAUAUUCUCAACAACUGAACCAUAUAUGAUGGUUGAUUGUGUGUUGAACCUUUUUUCUGCGUAAUAUGCAUUUGUUCCUGUGUAAAUUCCAUCCGCACUGUUCAAGUGUCUGUGAUUUCUUGUCAAACAAGAACUUUUUUCUAAAAAAAAUCUAUUUUAUCUGAUUAUUCCAGAUAUAUUUUAUUGUUUAAAGGCAAAGUAUAUAAAUUAUACACAAGAAUAUAGCUCAAAUGUAUCUAUAAAUCAUGUAAAUUAAUAAACUAUUUGAAUGCA